AAUGAGCCCCCAAGAGACUACAUCCAAGUUGCCACACUUCUGGAUAACCAACUCCACUGGUUCGGACCACGGGCAGCAUGUCCACAGGAGUGAGCGCAUGUGUCAGAGCAUCAGGCUCUUCUGGGCCCAGAUUUUUGGGCCCGGCUCAGCCGAAAGCUCUCUGCAUGACUGCAGCGGGGACUGUGGUGGAUGGGAAGCUGGAAACGGCGAAACCAGUCAGGAAGAGGGGUGUGGAUGGACGAGUGCGCAGGUUUGAGGAGAUCCCUCACACGGGGAGGAACGGCUGGAUCAACCUGCUGAAGUUCUGGAGAGAAAACCGUUUCCAGCAGCUCCACAAGCACAUGGAGAGGACCUUCAAUGCCCUCGGGCCCAUCUACAGGGAGAAGGUGGGCACUCUGAGCAGCGUGAACAUCCUGCUGCCGUCUGACAUCAGCGAGCUGUUUAAAUCAGAGGGGCUGCAUCCCCGGAGGAUGACGCUGGAGCCAUGGGCGACGCAUCGAGAGACACGCAACCACCGCAAAGGAGUCUUCCUCAAGAACGGUGAAGAAUGGAGAUCCGACCGUCUGCAGCUCAACAAGGAGGUCAUGAUGAGUGCUGCUGUGAGGAGGUUUCUCCCCCUCCUGGACGACGUGGCGAAGGACUUCUGUCGAAUGCUGGAAGACCGAGUGGAGCGAGAAGGAAGAAGAGCAGAGGAGGCAAAGCGCAGCCUCACCAUCGAUCCAAGUCCUGACCUCUUCCGCUUUGCGCUGGAAGCCAGUUGCCAUGUGCUGUAUGGAGAGCGCAUUGGCCUGUUCUCCUCAUCUCCCUCCCUGGAGUCUCAGAAGUUCAUCUGGGCCGUGGAGCGAAUGCUAACAACCACCCCUCCGCUCCUCUACCUUCCCCCUCGCCUUCUGCUCCGCCUGGGCGCUCCCCUGUGGACUGAGCACGCCACGGCGUGGGACCACAUCUUCAGUCAUGCGGAGGCGAGGAUCCAGAAGGCGUACCAGCGUCUGUCGUCCUCAGGAACCAUGGCAGCUGGAGGACUCUACAGUGGAGUUCUGGGACAACUCAUGGAAAAGGGGAAGCUAUCUCUGGAUCUGAUCAAAGCUAACAUCACUGAGUUGAUGGCGGGAGGGGUGGACACGACAGCCGUGCCCCUGCAGUUUGGCCUGUUUGAGCUGGGACGCAACCCGGAGGUGCAGGACAGGGUCAGGCAGCAGGUCAAGAGGUCAUGGGAACAGGCGGGAGGUGACCCUCAGAAGGCCCUGCAGGGGGCGCCACUGUUGAAAGGAACAAUCAAGGAAAUUCUCAGGUUAUAUCCAGUAGGAAUCACAGUGCAGCGCUAUCCAGUCAAGGAUAUUGUUCUCCAGAACUACCACAUACCAGCAGGGGUGAGUUUUUACAUUUGUUUAAUUGUUUGCUUCAAAGCUGCAGUUUUAGCCUCUGCUCCUCCUCAGACAAUGGUCCAGGCCUGCCUCUACCCGAUGGGAAGGAGUUCCCAGGUGUUUGAGGAGCCGCUCAACUUUGACCCCGGCCGAUGGAGCAGCAGCCGGGAGGAAGGCCAGAGAGGGGAAGUGAUGGGGUUCCGCUCGCUCGCGUUUGGGUUCGGGGCGAGGCAGUGUGUCGGCAGGAGGAUCGCAGAGAAUGAGAUGCAGCUUUUGCUGAUGCACAUCCUGCUGAGGUUCCAUCUGAGCGUCCCCUCCUCCGAGGACCUCCAGACCACCGCCACCCUGAUCCUGCAGCCCAAGACUCCUCCACGGAUCACCUUCAGCAAACUUUGACACCAACAAGAGUCUUCAUGUGUUCAACCACAGCUUUAUAUAAACACAACGUUUCUAUAAAUUGUGACACUUAAUAAAAACAAACUGUCUCCUC